CCGUCAUGCAAACGACGCCGACGUCGAGUUGCGAAACUGUUCCACGGACUUACGGGGGAGAGGAUCGAUCACGAGGAAGUCGGCGAGAGAUACCACUACAGCAGCUAUUUCCUCGCGCGCACGUCCGUGAUCUCGACUGACGCUGGAGGCGCGGAGGAAAAAACUCGUAGAAAAAGAGGAUCCAGUCACGAUAACCGCGAAAUCUCGUCGAUUCUGUAAAGCCAGUCCUUUCUCUGUCUCGCAGAGAGUGAUCUGGCUGGUAGCCGAAUAGCAGGGCAAGAAGGAGGCUUCCGGAGAGACCAAUGCACUUCUUUUCUGCGGGCGCGAGUGUCUAAAGGGGAGUCCGCGGCCGUAGUGGACUCCAGUCGUCCGGUGAUCCUCGUCGUGCUUUGGUCAUGAGAGUCGUCGAGAUGAUGCGGCGAGUCGUUCUACUGAUGGUUCUCGGAAUGGCCUGUCUCGUGAGGGCCGACGCUUUGACCAUCAUCGAGCACGCUCAGGAACGGCAGGACCAGCAGGACCAGCAGAGGGAACUGGAAGAGCUGCAGGAGGCUCAGCAGCUGCAACAGGAGCAACAGUUGCAGCAGCAGCAACAACUUCAGCAGCAUUUGCAGAGGCAUCCGUUGCUUAAUGAGAGCGAUUUACCGAAAGUGCUAGCCAAGAAGAGUAUACAGGACGAGGAAGAGAUACAAGCCGCCGAGGCUUACGAAUUCGAGUACAUUCCAGAAUCCUCCCCGGACUACGAUUCCUCUCAGAACCUAGAAAUCGAACCACUCGCCUCAGCAAGUCACGACGACCAUCAUGAUCACCAUCCAAAGGUAGGCUACAGUGUGGGUGGACCCUUGGUCACCAUAGCCCAGGGCGCUGCGCAACAGGCCCACAACUUCGAGAAGAACCAACCUGCGGCCGCGGCUCAGGCAGCCUACGUCGCCAAAAAUCGACUAGGCCAAUCGGCAGGUUUGAGCGCGGCGACAGCUGCUGCUGCCUUUGCUGGUAAACAGAUCAUCUAUCGAGGUCUCGAACAGCAGGCCUACAACGCGCACCGAGCUCUCGAGAGCGAGAAACUUCAGUUGCAAGUGGCUCAGAGAGCAGCUACGGCCGCGGCUCACGCUGCUCAGCAGGCCAUGCAUCAGGUGCAAGUAAUAACCACAGCCUUAAACGCUGCCCAAGCAACCUCAGAGCACGCAUCGGCAGCGGCUUCUGCAGCCGCGGGAGAAUUGGCCGCUCAGACAGCUAUGGUUGGCGCAGCAAAGGCCCGUCUUCAGGCCAUCGAGGACCAAUUGCAUCACGCUCGCAUCGACUUCGAGGCUGCACGUGCUGCCAACUUCAAAGCUGCCCACGCAGCUCAGGUCGCUCAGAAUAAUGCCGCCGCCGCGGCAGCUCACGCGGCCGAGGUCGCCAAUGCCAUCCACCAUCAUCAUGAUCAUGGACAUGGGCAUGGGCAUCAUCACCAUCACGAUCACGGGCACAAGCAUCACGGACACCAUCAUCACGAUCAUCACGAUCAUCAUCAUCAUCAUCAUCACGAGCAUCACUCAGGAAAGCUGCAACAGGCUGACGACGACGACGACGAGGAUCACGAUCACAACGAGUCCGUGGCGAUACCUAUUUCGAAGUCCGGAUCGUCAGGUUUGGGAUCUACACUGUCAUCGUCGACGGGAAUCGAACCACUGGAGGUGACGACUGUGGUACCAGGUGACAGGGAUACGGACAGGAAUGGUCGGGCACAGCACACGGUACCUACGGAACAUUCCGCACCUUUGGCUACCGUAGCUUCUAUCAGUAAAGACGAGCUGUACGAUGCUUACGAUAGCUAUCCGUAUUGACGGUUGAUUAUGUAGGUAGUGAAGAUGGUCUUACCGUAAUUUUAAGGAUUUUUGUUGAGUAGAACAAAAACGCAAACAAGUACCAGUUUUAACUAUAAGCGCCAACUCUAGAGUUUGAAUUUUCGUACCAUCAGAUUUAUGUUACGGUAAACCUGAUAGUUCAACGUGAAAAUGUUAACUGUAUGUUUUUUGCUUUGGUUUGAAAAGAGCGAGAUAUUUUUUCGCAACAGGUAUACCUAUAUCGAAAUAUCGCAAGAAAAGUGCAGCUUUGCGCUGACUCAAUUUCUUCCAUGACGAAGUUUUUACACCCUCGUAUUGCAGAAUCCGAUAGAAAGUUUAACUCGAGCACAAGUGAAUGUUCGAAACUUAUUCUCUAGACCUGAUGAAAUGGAAUGUUAAAGCGUUAAAUAACUGUUAUU